AUGAAACUCAAACCUCUUCUUCUCAUUUUACUAUCCCUCGCAUUAUCUUCCUCUUCUGCUCCCCUUCCUAACGAUGCAGCUGCAUUGCUCCAUUUCAAAUCCAAAGCCGAUUUGAGGAACCAAUUGAAUUUUUCGCCUAAAUCUAGCUCUGCAUUUUGCAAAUGGAAAGGAGUCGAAUGCUCCGAUUCCAGAGCGAUUCGACUCAUCGUGGAGGAUGUACAACUCGGCGGCGUUUUCGCCCCGAACUCGCUGAGUCAGCUCGCCGAGCUCCGACUCCUCAGCCUGCAGAACAACCCACUCACCGGUCCAAUCCCCGAUCUCUCCGGUCUGGUCAAUCUCAAAGCAAUUUUUCUCAAUCGGAACUACUUCUCCGGCGCAGUGCCUCCCUCCCUCUACCGCCUCAAAACCGUCGAUCUCUUCUACAACAUGCUCGCCGGCUCGAUUCCGGCCUCUCUCAACGGUCUGGACCGGCUCUACUACCUCCGGCUCGAUUUCAACCGGCUAAACGGCUCCGUCCCGCCGCUGAACCAGUCCUCGCUCCAGAUCUUCAACGUCUCUCACAACGAACUCACCGGGGCGAUUCCGGUCACUCCGGCUCUGUCGCGGUUCAAUUCGUCGUCGUUUUCGUUAAACUCCGGCCUAUGCGGCGAGAUCAUCAAAAAGGAAUGCCGCUCCGAUCGGCCGUUUUUCGGUUCUCCGGCGAAUGCGACGGCUGCGCCGCAGUGCGUCGUUUAA